AUGAUCAUCUCCAAGCGCUCGCACUUGCACAAAGUGGAGCAGGAGAAACACCUCCUGCCGCUCAUCGACGAGAUCUGCGGCAGCGAGCCCGCGCAGUUGGCGCACACGCUCGCGGCGCACUCGACGUGGGAGCUCCCGCCAGGCAAUUUGUUGCACUGGGUGCGCGUGUUGAACCUCUUUGACGACAUCUUGGAGACGCAGAUCGCGGCGCAGGGCUGGGCCGGCGCGGCGCCGCGCUUGCAGCAGGCGCCGCCCGACGCCGCGGCGCUCGUGGUGGCGUGCUUGCGCUUCUCCAAGAUGCUCUUGGACCACUGCACCAACCGCAGCGUCUACGCCAGCCUGGAGCGCGUGUUCCAGCUCGUGUGCUGCCCGGACCUCGACGUGCGGAUCGCGGCCUUGGACGUGGCCGUGUGCCUCGGCGAGCGCUACGUGCACGGCAGCCAGCACAAGAAGUUCAUGGCGCCGCGGCCCGUGCGGCUCCGCCUCCUCGAGGCCGCGCGCCUGUUCCCGCCCGCGGUGCCCGCCAGCUUCCUCCGGGAGCGCCGGGAGCACGCGGCACAGCGGGCGCCGCGCGCCGCCGCGCACGCCAAGGCCGACCACUACGGCUGGGCCGACGCGCUCGACCCCGCGCAGGAGUACCCGGCCCUGUGGAAGGCGCUCCGCCUCGAGUACUUCCGCCUGCCCGCGGGCGCGGCGCCGGGCGACGGCGUCGCGGUGUUUGCGCUCUCCGAGGAGCACGUGCGCAAGAUGUCCGUGCAGCAGAUGUACGACCGCGGCGCCGAGAGCGUGCCGCCCAGCGCGUGGUUCCGCUUGCUGGCCGCGGCGCUCGCGGCCAAGGCGUUCAACUCCCAGACGCACGAUGCCAUGCAGUUGCGGCGCAAGCUCCUCCGCGCCAAGUGCUUGGCGAUCGCGUGCGUGGCGUGCUUCUGCAGCGCGGACUUCACCGCGUGCCAGUUGUUCGAGCUCGAGCCCUACACGUUGGGCUUCUUGAUGGACGUGGUGGCGCCGCGCCACGCGGCGCUCGUGCCCGGCGACCUCUUGCUCGCGGCGCUGCAGACGCUCCGCGCCAUCUCCAUGAAGCGCGUGUGGGGCAGCGAGCUCGUGCGCCACCUCGGCGGCAGCGCCAGCCACGGCUUGCUCUACGAGGUGCUCCGCCACAUCGUCCGCCUGGCGCGCCUGCCGGCCGAGCCCGCGCACGCCGCCGGCCACCGCGUCUUCCUCGCCGCCGUGGGCGACUUGGUCGAGCUGAAGACGCUCGCGCCGCGCCUCGUGGCCGGCGGCUUGUUGCCCGAGUUGGCGGCCUUCUUGGCCGUGCGCGGCGACAACCGCUGGGCCCCGGCCGCGGCCGUGCACGUCCUCACCGCGCUCCUCGCCGCGCUGCCGGAGCUCGUGCCGGCCUUCGCCGACUGCAACGGCUUCGCCUUGGUCGUCGCCGCGCUCAACCACGAGGUCGACUUCGCCAUCGCGCACCCGGGCCACGCGGGCGGCGCGCCCAGGCACGUGCCCGUGCUCCACUCCAUCAGCUUGCCCCAGGUCAAGUACUUGCGCGGCUUGCUCGACUUCGUGGCCACCUUGGUCCAGUCCGACGCGGGCGACCGCUUGCGCAACCUCUUCGACUCGCCGCUCCUCGCGGGCUUCGCCAAGAUCAUCGCCCACCCGCGCGUGUUCGGGCCCGCCGUCCUCGCCGCCACCGUCGACGACGUCUCGCAGAUCAUCCACAACGAGCCCACCGCAUUCUCCAUCUUGAACGAGGCCGGGCUCGUCUCCGCCAUCUUGGACAACUACGACUCGCUCUUCAUGCCCUGCGGCGACUUGCUCGCGCCUCUUUUGGAGGUCUUGGGCGCCAUCUCCCUCAACAAGGAGGGCAUGACCAAGAUCUUCGAGUCCGACGUGCUCCACAUCUUCUUCCGGUCGUUUUACGACCUAGAGUUGGCAAAGGACUCCAUGCGCGCGGACGUGUGCACCAACAUCGGCUGCUCGAUGGACGAGUUGGGCAGACACAACCCGCCCUUAAGGCCCUUGAUCAUGAAGGAAAUCAGGGCGUUGGUCUCCGACUUCGCGGCGUACGCCAACGGCGAGCUCCUGUCCAUCCAGUUCUACGCCUCCGAUUCGGGCCACAUGUACCAGCUGCCCACUGAAAACGUGGCGCUUCAGGAAGACGGCCAGCAGGAAAUCGAGAGCUGGGAAGGCAUGGCGGCCACCAAUCUCAUCGACAACGUCUCUGGCUUUCUCAACGGGCUCCUCCAAGACACGGGCCAAUGGGGGAAGGACGUCAUCAGGGAAAUCCCCUUUUCCUGCUGGGAGUCUUUCUUCACCAUGCCCAGCACGCCUUUCGACUUCACUGUGUCAAAUGGUGUGCUCAACUUGAUCGCUGUCCUCAAGUACCUAGACGACGAGGUCCCAUCGUAUGGCUUCUUGCAAGUUCUCGAGUCCCUCUCGCAAAGACUAUCCUCGCAAAGAAUGACUCAGUUCCUUCAAAACAGGGAGACCAAGUCUUACUUCCUCGAUCUUGGGAACCACCCCGAAGAAGCCACAAUGUUGGUGAAGGAGUUGAACAUCGUCAACAACCUACUUUUUGUUUUGACAGAAAUAUAUUUGAACCCAAACCUGAUUUCCAACGAGACUUACCUGGUCAUGCUUGACUUUCUACAAAAAGAUUCGGGCUUUGUGGAAAAACUCGUUUCCGUGUUGCAAGCCGCUAUCUUGGAGGAGACCAAUAUCCGUUCGGCUUUGCCGGAUGAAGUGAUGGAGAAGACCAGCCCUUCAAUAUUCUAUUCCAUCAAAACCACCGCGGUCCGAAUUCUUCCUCGUGAACCACCCUCUGAAAACCAGAAUAUCGACGACUGCACCAGUGCUAAGUUCAAGAACACACUCCAGCUUAGAUUCUUGAUGGAUCUGCUUCUGAACAAUGCAUGUGUCACGCUUUCUUGUAUUUCCCGAAGCUGUAUGCAUAGAAGGCAGGAUUUUUUCACCGACGCUUGGAGAAGAACCAGUGUUGUUGCAACCAGACAAUUGGCUAGUAACUUGAGCAAUAUUUUGAAAGACAGACGGGGACUCGCCACGGAAAACUACCUCGAAUACAUUCUUCGCGUGGUUCAUGUCAUCUCAUUCAUUAGUACGUACAAAGAUCGGGGGAAGGAGACCCUCUCCACGUCUUUUGUGCUGUUCUUUUACCACACCACAGACUUGGGGAUGCAAGUUUUUGACAACGCUGUCUCAGUAUUCGAGUCUCUUUGCACUUUACCCGUGCAUACAUUGAAAGACGCUCAGGAACUCUUGUUUAUCCAAAACACUCCAGCUUCAAUUGGGUUCAAUGCUUUGAACUUAUUAUUGUCCUUCAUCUCAAGGCUCGUUUCAUACACUCACCUAAACAAAUGUCCCAUGGGAAAUUAUUUCUUCAAUAAAGAGUACUGCUCUAAUGAGAAUCACGUGGUGAAUGGUUGUAUAACGCAAUCGGGGGUUCAAGCGAUACGUCUUCUCACUCAAAUUUUGGGAACUGAGUCCACAUUUUGCAAACAGAAUGAUUACUCGCUUAUUUCCGCGUUUCCAGCUAAAAUCCCCGACAUGCUUGUCAACAUUGCUCGGCUAGCUUGGGCUUUUGAUCCUUUUGAGGGAUUUUACCCUUUGAGAGAAGACUGGAUGGCAACAGCUUUCUCUGAAGUGAAAUUUCUCGAACAGUUUUUAGACAUGAGCACUGAAGUUGCCUGUCUGCUACUCGCUCAUUCUGGGUCUAUCAGGAAUAUUGACUCUCUCUCUGAAAAGGCUUCAAAUUUAGACCUCCCAAACUGGACCAGUUCUAGAGAGAAGCUCAAAAGGCUUAACUUUGAUGAGUUAUUCAAGUAUGAGCCGGUCCCCACUGACAGCGUUCGCAUAAUCUCUGAAGCAAGGCAGAGAGAGGAGUUUCAGAUAUAUUCUGUUGCUCUCAUCCAGCUUUCUUCGUUUACAAAGGGUCUCGAGAAAACAGUCGCAUCAGCGUAUCAGAAGAGAGGAAUCGAUUCGAAAAUCGUGAAGAGCGUGUUUGAAGUGAUCGAAGCUGUAUCGCAGAAAACUGAGGACCUUGAAAAUAAACAGGCUACAAACUUGAUUUUCUUGCUCGAGAUUCUUAUUUGCUGUGAGCCCUAUGUGGUGGAGAGUAAGGCGAGUGAAAAGCAUUACGCCUAUCAAGCUACAUUUGAGAAGUUUUUGGAUAAGUUCUUGAUUGAUGUGAAAAAUAAGCCUGAAAUCGCUGAUACAGACUUUUUUGCAGCGGGCCUUUCCUUCAUGUUGCCUAUUUUGAGUCAGACCUGGCCAACUAUAUACCAAGAGCUUAGACCUCACUUUCCUGACUUGAAGGCACCGAAAGCUUUGAAAGACUCCAUUUCUGAUGCAAUCCUCCGAUUACAACCAGUUAAAAAUGUUAAGUCUGCCACAUUGCUUGGCAGAUACAUGUAUUUGCUAGCGAAGCAGGAAGAUUACAAACAAAAGGUUAUCGAGUCUCCAUUGUUAGCUUGUCUCAUCAAAGGUACCAAAAAUUUUCUAGAGUUCACUGACAAAGAUAAUCACAAGGUACUCCAAGACAGUUUGAUCUUAGUGAUCAGAACCUGUUUUGAAAACAAAAGUCUUCUCCGGAACGUUUUCACAGCAGAAAUUACCAAAAGCAUGAAGAAGAAUGCAGGCAGAAAACGUGAGUUAACCCAGGUGAUUCACGACUCACGUCCUCUAAUCGGCAGAGAUCCAGAAUAUUUCUUGGAAGUGGCCUCCGAUAUGGUCCGCUUGGAAAAUUAUGACGGCCGACCUUCAUCGGGGGAAAAAGUUUACUUGGUAUCUGACAAAGACCUGGAUAAGAAGAAAAUUGAAUCCCCUCAUUCCGAAGUGGAAAUAAAGGUUUCCAAGGAAACGGAAGUCGCCAUUAACCCACUGGGAUUAGUUUAUAUCUUAUUAACCCAGUUAAUGAGUGUUGCUAAGGAAGAUUGGUAUUCAUCACCGGAGACAGAUAACAAGGACGAAGUUUCCAAAAAGCCCGAGAAGAAAAAGGAUGAGCUGGAAUUCGAUUUCCUUAUGGAGAAUAAGAAGUUUGGUUACAUGUGUUUUCUUCUUCAAAGUCUUUGUGAGUUGGUAGGCUCGUAUAAUGGUGCAAAAUUGGAGUUUAUCACAUUUUCCAAGAAAGCCAAGAAUGAAGAGAUAAAUAAGCCUCGCUUGACAAGUCUUAAUUUCUUCAUUCAUCAAUUGAUCCCGAGUCAACUGCUUGUGUCUCUGAGUGGUCCAGAGUUUCACAGACGUGAAGCAAUUUCGUCCCUCGCCAAACUUACUCUUUUGGCCCUUGUGUCCACUACGAUUCAAGAAAAUGAUGCCGAGCCGGACCCAAGAAAAGAAGAUGCAGAUAUGGCCAUUGUUCGAAAGCUCAUGGUGGAUAUCAUCUCGAAGAUACUCAAAGAAACAAUUGUCGAGUCAACCAAUGUCACCAGGGUGUACUCCAAGAUUUAUGAUAUUUUUGACUUGUGUUCUUGUUUGCUUUCGGCAAAGUUCAGAGAAUUAUGUUACCCUUUGCUAAGCAAGUCUGCUACAAAAUGCGAUCAAUUUUAUGUGGCAUCCGCUUUCAUUGAUUCACAUUUGGCUAACCAAAUCACUUCGGUUAUGUCAAAUAUUGAUCUCAACUUCCCUGAUGUGCAUAAGGUCCUCAAUGUCGGUUUGAAGGCGCUUGCGGGCCUCGCAAAGAUCAAGUUAGCCAAUGUGGACUUGUUUGAAACAUUAUUGCCGGGUGAGAAGGAAGAUGAAGAUAUUGAUGAGGAUGAGGACAGGGACGAGACACCAGAUUUGUUCCGUAACUCAACGCUCGGAAUGUACGAUCUUGAUGUUGAGAGUGAAGAAGAAGACGAAUUUUACCAAGACCAGUCUCUCGUGCCGAUGUCAGGGUCAGACAUCUCAGAAGAUGACUCCGAUAUCAGUGAUGAGAUGAGCUAUUCCGAUAUGGACUCUGGCAUGGACGAAGAAAUUGUUGAAGAGGAUGGAGAUGACGACAGACCAAGGGGAUACGAAGGGUUUGACAGUGACGAUGGUGACAACGAAAAUCACAUCACCUAUAUUGGUGACUUAGAUAUUCACUCCGCAGAUGGAUCUGAUCUCGAUAAUGCAGAGGCCUCCGAUUUCAAUGGAUUUGAUAGUGAUGUGGACAUCUCCGGAGACGAAGGCGAAGACCACGAAGAAGAUGAUGAAUUCAAUGAAGAUGAAGAUUUUUUCGAUGAUGAAGAAAUGGAUUACACAGAGGCUGAGCUUGAUGACUGGGAAGAGGCCUUCGCUGACUUUCCUGGACUGACAGACUCGAAUGAGCGGACAAGAUUUGGCGAUUCGACUGGAGACGAAGAUGACGAGGCAACUCGUUUUGACUUUGAUUCGGAGGCAAACAGCGACUCAGAAUUAGAUGACGAGGCGAGCCCGAAUGCCAUGCGCAAUCAUGCGAGAACCACCCGCGAGUCUGUUGCCUCAUUGUUUAAUGCCAUUCGUCCCAUGGGUCAGCCAAUCUUAUCCUUGAAUCCAUCCGGAAUUCUUGCAGGAACAAUACAAAUUGGAUCGACUAGAUCCAAUGAAACUGCGUUUCCACAACUAGACGCCGCUUUCCAAGCUCUUCUUAAUACGGAACACCUGAAAAACUCCAUCGACCACAUGCUUAUCAGAUCAAGCGUAGAAAGAUGGGCGGGUGCUUUUACUUGUUAUUUUCGUCGCUUCGAAACAGCAUUUUUGGAUACAGCGCGCUCUCAUCUCAAACAGUCGAUCAGCACUGAGAGUCUUGAAAUCUUCAAGAAAAAGGCUGAAGAGAGAGAGAAAUUGCGCAAGAGAAGACAAGAGGCGCUAGACAAAAAAAGGGAGGAGGCUAGGAUCAAGCGCGAAGGAGAAGCCAGGGAACGUGAGGCUGCUCAAGUUGCCACCGAAAUUUCUACCAGAGAGCCACUUAUGAUUUGGAUUGGUAACCGGGAGGUGGACAUAAGUGGGACGGAUAUCGAUCCUGAAUAUUUCGAAGCCUUGCCCGAAGACAUAAGGGAAGAGGUUUUUACGCAGCAUAUCAGAGAGAGAAGAGCAAACGCUAAUACUGCUGGAGGCGAGGUUCGUGAAAUUGAUCCAGACUUUCUUCAAGCACUUCCAGAUCAAAUACGAGCCGAGAUUUUGCAGCAAGAGUCGAUGUCUCGAAGCUUCAACAGUGACGGAUUUGGAUUAUUUCCUGACGAAAGUGACAUGGACUCUGAAAUGGGAGAUGAGCUAGAAAUGGAUGACGAUCUUGGUGUCUCUUUGGGAGAGCCACGCACAGAAGGUACCGAAAAUGUUGAGAGUGACCACGACGAAGUCUCGAAGAUGAAAAAGAAGUCAUUCACUGUGCCAUUG